CCGGGUGCGGUCAGAGCCGAGGUUGCGGGGCUGGUGGAUCCGGAUUCAGAGCUGGAGGCUCGGAGACCCGCGGGGAUGCUGCCCAUCACGGACCACCUGCUGCACCUGCUGGGACUGGAAAACACAACCUUCCGGGUCUACGCCGUGUCCACCCUCCUGCUGUCCCUCCUCUUCUUCCUCUUCCGCCUGUUGCUGUGGUUCCUGCGUCUCUGCUGGCGCUUCCACAGCCUCUGCCGCCAGCUCCGCUGCUUCCCGCAGCCGCCGCGGCGCAACUGGCUGCUGGGCCACCUGGGCAUGUACCUUCCGAACGAGUCGGGCCUGCAAGAUGAGAAGAAAGUCCUGGACAGUAUGCACCAUGUGGUUCUGGUGUGGAUCGGACCUGUCCUGCCGCUGUUGGUCCUUGUGCACCCGGAUUAUAUCAAACCUGUUGUGGGUGCCUCCGCGGCUGUAGCCCCCAAGGAUGACUUCUUCUAUGGCUUCCUGAAACCUUGGUUAGGAGAUGGGUUGCUGCUUAGCAAGGGAAACAAGUGGAGCCGGCACCGGCGCCUGCUGACACCCGCUUUCCACUUCGACAUCCUCAAGCCUUACAUGAAGAUCUUCAACCAGUGCACUGACAUCCUGCAUGCGAAGUGGCGGCGUCUGGCAGAUGGCUCAGUGGUCUCCUUGGACAUGUUUGAGCAUGUCAGCCUCAUGACCCUGGACAGCCUGCAGAAAUGUGUCUUCAGCUACAACAGUAACUGCCAGGAGAAGAUGAGCGAUUACAUCUCGGCCAUCAUCGAGCUGAGCGCGCUGGUCGUGCGGCGCCAGUACCGCUUGCACCACUACCUGGACUUCGUCUACUACCACCUCACGGCUGAUGGGCGGCGCUUCCGGCAGGCUUGCAGUACCGUGCACCGCUUCACCACCGAGGUCAUCCAGGAGCGCCGGCGGGCACUGUCCGAGCAGGGCCCCAAGGCCUGGCUGAAGGCCAAGCAGGGCAAGGCCCUGGACUUCAUCGACGUGCUGCUCCUGGCCAGGGAUGAAGAUGGGAAGGAGCUGUCGGACGAGGACAUCCGGGCCGAGGCUGACACCUUCAUGUUUGAGGGCCAUGACACAACCUCCAGUGGGCUCUCGUGGGUGCUGUUCAACCUGGCCAAGUAUCCAGAAUACCAGGAGAAGUGCAGAGAAGAGAUCCGUGAGGUUAUGAAAGGCCGGGAGUUGGAGGAGCUGCAGUGGGACGACCUGACCCAGCUACCUUUCACCACCAUGUGUAUCAAGGAGAGCCUGCGUCAGUUCCCGCCCGUGACCUUGGUCUCUCGCCGCUGCACAGAGGACGUCAAGCUCCCGGAUGGACGCAUCAUCCCCAAAGGAAUCAUCUGCUUGGUCAGCAUCUACGGGACCCACCACAACCCCACGGUGUGGCCUGAUUCCAAGGUAUACAACCCCUACCGCUUCGACCCGGACACCCCACAGCAGCGGUCCCCGCUGGCUUACGUGCCGUUCUCUGCAGGACCCAGGAACUGCAUCGGACAGAGCUUCGCCAUGGCCGAGAUGCGCGUGGUCGUGGCGCUCACCCUGCUGCGCUUCCGCCUGAGCGUGGACCGCACGCGCAAGGUGCGGCGGAAGCCUGAGCUCAUCCUGCGCACGGAGAACGGGAUCUGGCUCAACGUGGAGCCGCUGCCUCCGCGGGCCUGAGAGGCCGCGCGCCUGCGGACACCCCCCGGGGCGCCAGGCCCGCCCCCGAGCUCACAGACCAGGCCAGGCUCUGCUUCUGGAGAACCAGGCUGCGCUGGGGAGCAGCCUGAAGGUGCUGGCCACGCCACUCAGGACCAAGACCCCGCCCCCGAGGGUCUGGUCCCGCCCCUUGAGGUCCAGGUCCCGCCCCCUGAGUGCCUGCACCUGCCUGGUCCCGCUUGAGGGACCAGACGCGGCCACGCCCUCUUGGGUUUAGGCCACGCCCUCCGGUAAUCCCAUGGAUUGCGGUUCCCCAGGCCCCGCCCACUGAGCCUUCCAGGACCUAAGACCUACCUCUGCUAGAGCUCCGCCCCCGAUGCGAGACCACAGCCCCACCCCUUGUCCCCCGCCCCAGCCUGCUUAGGCAUUGAGGACUCACGCUGCAGGCUGACCGCCAUCAGCUUCUUGCGGACACCCCCAACUCCCAGGCGUUGGGUCCCAGCCCGGCUUUGGAGCUGCUGUUUGUUUUCUAUGGCUGCCCUGGAAAGUCACACCCCCGCCCCGCAAAGCCCCGCCUUCUUCCCGCGCUCACAGGCCCUUUGCUGAGGGUGCUGAUUUUUGAAGAAUAAA